AUGACAAAAUCAAGCUGUAUCUACCUCGUUAUUAUUCUUGCACUCUUAUUUACUGUUUCUGCUGGUCCAAUCAUGCUCUCUAAAAGAACAGAAGAAGAUCAAGGCUCUCUUUUAGGCGGCGGUGAUCCUCUUAGCUCUAUCAAUGGUCUCUUUGUGACACCUUGAAUAACUAAAUAUGGUCUCAACUGAACAAUAAAAAACGUCAUGUGUGUUUCUUUUUUUUUCUCCUCAUUA